CGGAGUUAAAUCAACAGCGCCCACUUGCGGCGAGACCAUAUCAGGCAUGAAAAAAGCGGUGGACUUGCAGCAGCCAAGACAAGGCAAGGCAGGUCCGGACUCGAGCAUCGUCGCCCCGACGCAUUCCCGCUGACGAGCCAUGAUUGAGAUGUUUCCCAACGUUCGGGCCAGAUAACCAGUCAGCCAGCACGUGGACAUCUGACGGAUGGAGGAAUGACCCGCUGAGGCACCAAAAGCACCCUCGAAAGCAUGUUUCGGGCCACCCGGCUAGGGUUUGUGCUAGCAUGGCGGCUGGCGGCCAUUUACGCUAUCGCCGACGCUUCGUCAGGAGACGGGAGCGGCUCUGAAGGCGGGGGCGGGUCGGUGCCGGCCGCGCUGGCCGCCACCAGCCAGCUGAUCGCCCGUGAGGGAAGUUGCGUGCUGAUCAACUGCAACGUCAGCGGCGACCCCUUCCCAAGCAUCAAGUGGUUCAACUCUCACGGAGACGCGGUGGACACCGACGGCGGCGGCAAGUGGUGGCUGCUGGAGAAUGGCGUCCUCAACAUCAGCGGCGUGGAAUUCGCCGACCGCGGCAAGUACACGUGCGUGGCCUCCAACGCGUACGGCACCUCCAACUGCACGGUGACGCUGCGCGUGGUCUUCACCAAGGGCGACAUGGGCGUCUACUACAUGGUGGUGUGCCUGGUGACCUUCACCAUCAUCAUGGUGCUCAACGUGACGCGGCUGUGCAUGAUGAGCAGCCACUUGAAGAAGACAGAGAAAGCCAUCAACGAGUUCUUCCGCACCGAGGGCGCGGAGAAGUUGCAGAAGGCCUUCGAGAUCGCCAAGCGCAUCCCAAUCAUCACCUCGGCCAAGACGCUGGAGCUGGCUAAGGUCACGCAGUUCAAGACCAUGGAGCUGGCGCGCUACAUCGAGGAGCUGGCGCGCAGCAUCCCGCUGCCGCCGCUCAUCAUGAACUGCCGCACCUUCAUGGAGGAGAUCCUAGAGGUGGUGGGCGUGGAGGAGAUGAGGCACACCUUCCUCAGGCAGGCGCCCGAGAUCCGCCGGGGCGGGGAACACUCCGGGGAGGUCUUCGCGGGACAACCCGAGCGCAGCGAGUCCCCCGCCGCCGACUCUGACAACUCGUCCGUCCAGGAGCAGCCGCGGCACAUCGCCAUCCAGGUGUCGGUGCACCCUAGGCUGGAGCCGGACCCCGUCCCGUCCAGGGAUGACGCAGAAGGCGGCACAAACGAGCGGCCCGCUGCCACUAGUCCGCCGCCCUGUCAGGUGUUUUAUGAGAGUCACGUAUGAGUCAUCACGUCCUGAAGUUCCGUUUCUUCUCACGCUUGAAUGUAAACUCCCAUCAGCAAAGAAUUGUUUACUUCCACUGAGAGCAAGUGCUGGAACUUCAACUUCUUUGUGGCUAUCCUUGGUUCUUCUCCUUCCUGAUUGGCUAACCAAAAAAGAAGGGUGUGACUUACUUGCUUUGCAAAUACAAAAGAGCCUAAUUUAGAGAACCAACGAUGGUCGUCGAACCUUUCCUGGCCGUUUCCGACGUACUAUGUGAGAGUUUGUGUGCCUGGGAUCUUCGCUCUUCUGCUACUUAGCACGGUGCUCUCCUGAUGCCUUUUCGCAGUGAACAGAAGCAACUGGGCUUCUUUCAUUUCAUACUAGGGCUGGUCGCAAUGGCCUUUCCCUCCCAAAAAACCUUUGUUAAUAGAGAUAAGAUCUUUCUUUUGUCCCACUGUUAUGGAGCCUCUAAAGGGACAUUGACAGAAAUAAAAUAAAUUUAAACCAUCUGGUGCGCACUAGAAAUGAUCUGGUAAACAUUAGCAUUAUAUAGCAUUUAAGCUUGCGGACUUUUGCUAUGCCAUUUAGCCAAUUAUUCUUUUGUAAGAUCCUCAUUCAUUUAUCUGAAUAUUUAUUUAUUUAAGGUAAGGCGCUAGUAGAGUCCAAGAUUGAAGUAAAGCUCAACUAAAUCCUGUAUUCUCAUUUUUAGCACACUGGUGUUCCAUGCGUGUCUGAGCUUCGCCUCAAACGAUAUAAAAAAAUAAACGAGAAUCUAAUUACAUCAAAAGAACAAUUGACUAACUUGCAUAGCAAAGUCCAUUAGCUUGAAUGCAAAAUAAUGCUAAUGUUUACCAUGUUGUUUCUGGUGCGCACCAGAUAGUUUCCCCCACAUACAAUAUGGUGUGCACCAGUUUCUGAUGCACACUGGAUAGUUUGCACCACAUACGAUCUGGUGCGCAUCAGAUGUUUCCAUCACAUACUAUCUGGUGUGCAGCAGUUUCCUCCCAUAUAUGAUCUGGUGCGCACGGAUAGUUUGCACCACAUACGAUCUGGUGCGCACUGGAUAGUUUGCACCACGUACUAUCUGGUGCGCACCGGAUAGUUUGCACCACAUACUAUCUGGUGCGCACCGGAUAGUUUGCACCACAUACUAUCUGGUGCGCACUAGAUAGUUUGCACCAUAUACGAUCUGGUGUACACCACAUAGUUUGCACCACAUACUAUCUGGUGCGCACCAAAUAGUCCCCCCACCCCAUAUACGAUCUGGUGCGUACCAGAUAGUUUCCCCACCAUAUACGAUCUGGUGCGCACCAUAGUUUCCCCCCAUAUACGAUCUGGUGCGCACCGGAUAGUUUGCACCACAUACGAUCUGGUGCGCACCGGAUAGUUUGCACCACAUACGAUCUGGUGCGCACUGGAUAGUUUCCCCCCCAUAUACUAUCUGGUGCACACCGGAUAGUUUGCACCAUAUACGAUCUGGUGCGCACCACAUAGUUUGCACCACAUACUAUCUGGUGUGCACCAGAUAGUCCCCCCCCCAUAUACAAUCUGAUGCGCACCAGAUAGUUUCCCCCCAUAUACAAUCUGGUGCGCACCAGAUAAGUUUCCCCCCCAUAUACGAUCUGGUGCGCACCAGAUAGUUUCCCCCCCAUAUAUGGUCUGGUGCAUACCAGAUAGUUUCCCCUCCAUAUACGAUCUGGUGCGCACCAUAGUUUCCCCCCAUAUACGAUCUGGUGCGCACCGGAUAGUUAGCACCACAUACUAUCUGGUGAGCACCGGAUAAUUUGCACCACGUACGAUCUGGUCCGCACCAGAUAGUUUCCCUCCCCAUAUAAGAUCUGGUGCACACCAGAUAAUUUCCACCACAUACAAUCUGGUGUGCACCAGAUAGUUAGCACCACAUACUAUCUGGUGCGCACCAGAUAGUAUGUGGCGCGAACCAGAGUUUCGACCACAUACGCUCUGCUGUGCACCAGAGUUUCCCCCCCAUAUACGAUCCGUUGCGCACCAGAUGGUUUCCCCCCCAUAUACGAUCUGGUGCGCACCAGAUAUUUUCCACCACAUACUAUCUGGUGAGCACCAGAUAGUAUGUGGUGUGCACCUCACAGUAUGUGGUGUGCAUCAGAUAGUUUUCAGAUCGUUAAGUGGUGAAAACUAUCUGGUGUGCACCCGACAGUAUGUGGUGAAAACCAGAUAGUUUUCAGAUCGUAAGUGGUGAAGCUAUCUGGUACACACCGGAUCUCUUCCACCACACACUAUCUGGCACGCACCGGAUGGUAUGUGGUGGCAACUAUCUGGCGCGCACAAGAUAGCUUCCACCACAUACUAUCUGGAGCGCACCACAUACAAUCUGGAGCAGAUCCAGAUGGUUUAAAUUUCUGUCAAUCUCCCUGAAGGGACUCAUACACUGUUGCUCCUGAUCCCAAGUUUUUGUUUCAUCAACCUCCUCAGAAAUAAAUAUUUUUUCUUCCCUGA